AUGGCAGCAAAUGAUGGAUAUGGAAAACUAUCCAGUGGUUGCUGGGAUUUUUCCAAGCCAUAUCCGCAUCAUGCUACCCGUAGUACAGCUAUUCAGAAAGGAAUUGUACAACUACGUUGCUUAAUGGUGAUUGAGUUUAAACAAGGAGAAUCUGCUUCCAGCGAGCUUCCACAUACUAGUAGGACAACACUGCAACAGUUACGUCUCUUGAAGAAAAAGGCUAAAAAUGACAUUGUUACUGCUGACCUGAUUGCUAAGAAGCAUGACGUCAAAAUGAGAAUGGACAGGGUGGCCGAGUGCAGAGAGGAACUUCAACAAAAAGAUCAGAAUAACAGGGCUCAGGCUCUUGGAUUCCAAAUUUAUCUCCAAGACUGUGAUCAUAAAAAGGAACGUGCGCUUGCAAAACACAAGAUUGAACAAACAAACAAUGCACUAAAGAGGAAAGAAAUACGUAGGUUGAAAAGAGAGCUUCAAAAACUGAAAGUAAGACAGCAGGAAUUACAGAAGAAGAUAGCCAAAUAUAAAAGUUAUGAACAUUUUUUGAAAAAAAUUGUCAACCUGUUGCCACCAGACUUUUGGGGGUAUCAGGAAGAUUCUGUGAUUAAAACCCUCACACAAAGGCAUAAGACCCUGUCUUCUAUCAAUCAGAACCUGAAGAAUCGUUUGCUCAGCCAAGAAGAAAACGUUGAGAUAAUGCAUCAUAAAUGUGCUGCCACACAAGAAGAACAUAACACCAUGAGAUUUGUAAUGUUACCAAUACUUGACUAUGUGGUUUUAUGAUGCUUAAUUAUGACUAUCCAUUUACUUCAGAGGCCUGGUUAGCCAUGCUACAGAGUCUGUUAGUUCUCUACUGAUUUCUUAAUAUGGACUUGGUUCUGCUUUCUGAAAAGGGUAAAGCCUUAAAAACUAUUAUCAGUGCAAAGCACACUCACCCUGUGAUUCUUGUGCUUCAUUCUCUAAUUAUUGGUACACCUAUUCUCUGAGCAGGUUCUAACUAUGGUCAUGCCACAAAGACAAAAUAUUUGAUUUCAGUUUUAUGAAUGGGAUAUAAAUGGAUAAUCUAUCAGGAGACAAAAAAAGGCUACAAACUACCUUUUCAGUGUAUACCAUUUUAUAUAUUUCAGAAUGGCCUUAUUAAAGUAAGCAAGCUAUUUAUUAGUUGAAUAUAUUAAUCAAAACCUGACUUUUCCUCCAAGCA